AUGAUGAUGAGGUCCCCCAGCAGCGUCCACUACAUUGACGACACACCUCACGGGUUUGUGCACCAAGACACGCCCGAGUCGAUCCGAGCGUCGAGGAACACGGGCCAGUUUUCCUACAUCUCCUCCGACGCCAGCAGCAACGAUGACGAGAUCGAGUCGGAACUGUUCAACGACGAAAACAUGUUCCCAACAGAGGGUAGAUUGCAGCAGAAGCGGGCUUCACAGCCUUUGCAGCCCUCGCCGGCGCCGUUCCAUCUGAAGAGCCCACAGAAGAUACACACUAGACCGUCGAUGCGAAUUGCAGGCGAUGACGGGGCCCGAAUAUCGAUGUUCAAGUCACGCUACUCGCAGAACAACCCGAACAUCGCCUCUAAGCUAUCCUUGGCGUCUUCGCUCGCCGACAUUACAAACAUUUCCAACCUUUCCAACGUCUCCCUGGCCUCACGAAGGACUUCGCACCUCUCCAAUCAGAGGUACCAGACCAGGCGAAACCGGUCGCUUACUGACAAUGCCAGCACAAUAUCCAUUGAGCAAAAGCGUAACCAGAUCAUCCAGAGAUUGAACAAACGAAAUUCAAAAAACUUGUCAAACCCGUACUUUUACCAGUACAAGGAAAACAGACAGCCGUCCCAGGCACCCCCAGAAGCUCCAGAGGCUCCGGAAGAUCCAGAUGGCUCGUUUGACUACGGACACUCAAGAAUGAUGAGCAGCACGUUUGGGUCCUUCUCCGACGUCAUCAGCAACAGUCCAGUGAAGUCUACCGAGGAGUCCCUCAACUUCAACGAUAUUCCUCCUGUCAAAACACGCACAAUCUUCACGAUUUCGGAAGACAGAGACACGACACACGCAGAGGGGAACCGGGUGUCCAGCUCCGGCCAACAGGAUCAUGAUGUGGGUCAUGACAGCAACGGAAAUGGCGCCCCGAGCGAGCACGAGCAAAGCCGGGGUGCAGGCGAAGACAAUGACGGCUACGCCAACAGGAGCAACGGAAACAACACGAGUUCGAACACGAGCCAUAACAACAGCAAAAACUCAGGAACAAAGACCGACAGUACGAAAAACACUACCUCGGGCGACGACACAACGUCGUCAGACGAGCGUGAGAUCUCCAGGCGAAUACGGCUUUCUCAGGAGAUCCGGGGCGGGCUAUUCAGUGAGUUACAAUUUACUCCUGUGACAGCAGGCGUCCACGGGGUUGUUCUAAGCGGGAUUGAGGACGAAAGCCUCAACGAUGAAUCGGACUCGGUUGGCACAGUUUCGACAGACCGGAUCCAGCUGCGGCCCGUUGGAGCCAAUCCAGAUCUUACCGGGGGCCACCACUUUGCUGUGCUAGCACAGCCGGCGUACCAACCGAAACUGCUGGCCGAUGACGACGACAAUGGCAAUGGCAAUAGCGGCGGCGGCAGCAACGAUGCCACCAACUCCAGACCGGGUCCAGUCAUGACCGUCAACGUCAUGAACCACUCAGACGGCUCUCGCGAGAGCAGGUCCAAGAACUUUACCCUGAGUAACAACUCCUCGGUAUCCGUCGUCGCCCAGGUGCAGCCCUCACGCUCCGAGACGGUGCUGGACCUUACUGCCGAGCCGGAGGAGCGCAAGAAGCGCAUGUUUCGCAAGCCGCCGCCUUCGUCGGCGUCACCAUCGCCAACGGCGCCUCUUACACUCCCAACUGCCAACUUCGCCGGCGCCGGCGUCGGCAACGACACGGAAGCCACGUCGAACCUCAUCCGAAGUGUAAAGCAGUCCAACAAGCAGCUCAACCUCGAGCGGGUGCCAAUCGUGCCGCACUUCCCCGCCGCUCUCUACAGCAACCACACCAUCGAGCUCAACAGUGAUGACACCGACACAACACAAGGCUCGGGUGACUCCCGGGAGCAGCUUCUCGCCUGGGCAAAUCCCCGCAAGAACACCCCGGCACCCCCACCCGCCGGCAAGCACGACCCCGAGAAGGCAGCUGGCCUUGUCAGCAACGACUACCGCCGAGAGUACCACGACUACGAGCUGCACGGUAGCUGCAGCGGGCGUGUCGCCGUCCUGUUGCUUCUCUGCAGCGUCUUGGCGCCCCCCUUCUUCCUCGUGAUAGCUCUGGGCCACCUCGACUCCAUCUUUGGCGCCAUCGCCAGACGGUACAAGCUUACCGCCGCCGUUCUCUUUGGCCUCUUCUGUCUCGGCUCUGCCAUCGGCAUCGCCGUGGGCUUUGGCUACGGCCUCCGCCAUAAAAUGUAA